UUUGAAUCGUUUUGUGUAUCGGCCGAAUCAUGAUCAUUUUGUCAUAAAUUGUUUAUUGGAAUUGUAUAAAAUUCAUGUGGAAUCCUUCCAAUGAGGUUAACUAUUGUUACGUAAAAUGUUGUUAAAGUGCAAUCUGGAAGACGUUCCAAGGAUGCAACGUAUUGGUUCUUACGACAGGGUGGAGAAAAUUGGUGAAGGAACAUACGGGGUAGUUUACAAAGCGAAGGACAUUCACAGUCAGAAAUAUGUUGCCCUCAAACGAAUUCGUCUGGACAGCGAAUCCGAGGGGGUUCCGUCGACAGCAAUACGGGAGAUUUCGUUGCUGAAAGACCUGAAGUAUCACACGAUUGUAGAACUCUUCGACGUGGCUGUCAUCGAUACAAGCAUUUACAUGAUAUUUGAAUAUUUGGAUAUGGAUCUUAAGAAAAUGCUAGAUCGCCACAAAAACUGCUUUACACCGAUGUUGGUCAAAAGCUACAUGCAUCAAAUGUUGGAUGCAAUUGCUUUCUGUCAUCUCAAUCGUAUACUGCACCGGGAUCUCAAACCGCAGAAUUUGCUAGUCGACCGCGAGGGCCACCUUAAACUAGCAGACUUUGGGCUGGCACGCGCUGUAAACUUACCGAUGCAAAUCUACACACACGAAGUUAUCACACUGUGGUAUCGUGCUCCUGAAAUACUGCUCGGUACCAAAUUUUACUGCAUCGGUGUCGACACUUGGAGUUUGGGAUGCAUCUUUGCCGAAAUGAUUCUUAAGCGUCCACUUUUUCCUGGAGACAGUGAGAUUGACCAACUCUAUAAAAUUUUCCGCCAAAUGGGAACACCAAACGAGCACAGCUGGCCUGGCGUUUCGAAGCUGGCAGACUAUAAACAAUCAUUUCCGCACUGGGAACAGCAACCCCUACCGACGGAAUUGCAGCAUGACUUUGAGGCGAAUACCCUAUUCUGUGAGUUGAUGGUUUAUGACCCAGCGAGACGCCUAUCACCGAAGAAUGCCAUGAGCCACCCGUAUUUUGAUAAUGUUGGUCUCGUCCGACCCGAAAUGUAAUGUUUCAUGGUUUCGCCGAAAACCGGUGCUCAAAUGUCAUAUACAAAGUGGGCCAUAUUUUUCGAUCUCGAUACAUAUGUGUUUUGUUCAACACACGCGUGUAUGACAUGUUCAAUUUAAGAUUUCAUCUUCGAAACAAUUUGCUGUUCAUUAGAAAAACAUGUAACCACAAAUUCAACUUAUUUACUUGGCUGCCAUUGACCAUUGGCCAUUGAGUUGCAUGUUUAUUUUCCAAUCUAAUGUAUCGUAAACAGGCUGUUCCGCCUGGAACUAUUCUAAACAUAUGGGAAGCAACUGGAGCAUCCGUUAAUUAUGGUGCAUUUCAUAGUAAAUAACAUAAAACAUAUUUUAUUAACACCCCAUCAACACUGUUUCUAAGCUUGCUCAAAUUUCGUAAUAAACUCAAACAGCCGUUAA